GUGUAAAUGGACCGAGGCUAGCUGGCUUGUGUGCAGGUUGGUACUGAAAUCGGCAAUAACGUGUGCGGCGACCUAAGAACUCUUUGGACCGCUUGUAGAAAUUGUGCCGCCGAACUUUGCGUGUUGUUUUUCUGUCGGCUGUUUGUAAUUUGGCGCAGAAAUCCCGAGAGUGUGUUGCCAUCUCAACAGCUACGACUUUACGAAUCUUUAACCUGCCCGAGCAAGCUAGCAGCUAAUGCUAGCCUCCUUGUAACCGUCCUUACCCGAUCAUCCAAAUCCCGCUUUCUUUACACAAGUAUUGUUCGAAACACGGGUGAACCUCGCCUGUAACGUGAGUACCUACGGGAAGCCAACCGAUCCGCGUUGGGCUGAACCACCGAGUGUGCAACAUGUCUGGAGCUAACGUUAACAGAGGACAAGCUAGCGCGGCUAGCGAGCUCCACAACCAGGAGAAUGUGCUGUCAAGACUAAGGGGCUCUCUGAAGACCCGAGUGGCCGUGAGUGAGGACCAGGAGAACCUUCCACCCAAACAGGCGGCGGCCGCCACCAGAACCGUCCUGGGAGCCCUGCAGAACAACCAGCGGAGCAAAGCCCAGAACCAGCGCGGCUGCAAACAGGAGUCCUCACAGUCCUGCAAAAAUGAGGAAAAAAGCUGCUCCGAGAAGCCCUCCACCAAGCAGUCGGCUUUCCAGAUCCACAUGGACGAGCCCGAUGGCGCCUGCGUCAAGAAGCCGCUCCAGGUGGCCGCCGCCAGUGCAAAGUCCGACACUGAAACCAUCAACGCCGCAGCCAGACUGCGGCAGCCCCUGGCCACCAUUGAGAUGCCGUCAGCAAUGGACCUCAGCUUUGACUCCCCCAUGGACAUGUCCAUAGUAGAAGGCGAGGAGAAACCAGUCGACGUCAACAACGUCCCAGAGUAUGCUGCUGAAAUUCACACAUACCUGAGGGAAAUGGAGGUAAAAACACGACCCAAAGCCGGCUACAUGAAGAAGCAGCCCGACAUCACUAACAGCAUGAGGGCCAUCCUGGUGGACUGGCUGGUCGAGGUUGGAGAGGAAUACAAGCUCCAGAACGAGACUCUUUACCUGGCUGUGAACUACAUCGAUCGCUUCCUAUCCUCAAUGUCUGUCCUGAGGGGGAAACUUCAGCUGGUUGGGACGGCCGCCAUGCUGCUGGCUUCGAAAUUUGAAGAGAUCUAUCCCCCAGAGGUGGCAGAGUUUGUUUACAUCACAGACGACACCUACACCAAGAAGCAAGUGUUGAGAAUGGAGCAUCUGGUGCUCAAAGUGCUCUCCUUUGAUCUGGCGGCACCAACAAUCACACAGUUCCUCACCCAUUACUUUCUCAACCACUCGGUUAAUAAACGGGUGGAGAGCCUGGCAAUGUACCUGGGGGAGCUGAGUCUGGUUGAUUCAGACCCCUUCCUGAAGUACCUCCCAUCACAGGCGGCUGCUGCAGCCUACACGCUGGCAAACCACACAGUGACCGGUGGCUCAUGGCCGCAGUCCAUGACUGAGAUGACUGGCUACUCGCUUGAAGAUCUGAUGCCAUGUGUUGAGGAUCUGCACCAAACGUUCCUCAAUGCCGCAACGCAUGCUCAGCAAUCUGUUCGGGAGAAGUACAAGGGCCCCAAAUACUCUGAGGUUUCCCUCAUCGAUGCUCCCACUAAAUUGCUGCUGAAGUAACUUUCUCCCCCCCCUCCCCUGUCCAUAUAGUUUUGUACCAAUGUCGGUAAUAUUUUUUUAUUUUUAAUGACGCUUUUCACAUUUUAAAUGGCACGGCCGGCUCUUCUUGGAGUAGUCGAUGUUUAGAGUUUUUAAGGUAUUUUUAUAUACUCAAUCCUGACAUUCAUACCAGGUGCUGCAGUUGUGUUGGGUAAUCAAGUUUUACUUUUAAUCUCAGACAAAAUGUAGAGGCCUCUGCUCUACAGUGUCAAACUCCAACGGACCUGCGAUGUACUAAAGUCAUUUCACCAAACCGUUUGUUCCACUUUUUUAAAGGUUGAGUUGAUGGCAUUAAAGUACAAUGAGUCUGUAAUGGAGUCUACUGUCUAAUUACAUUGGAGUCUUGGAAGGUAACAGCUUUUUCAAGUCACCAUCUGCACUGUAAAAUAUGGCUCUUGUAAAUAAAAUUCGUUUAAAGUAA